AAUAAUUGUAUUUGGUUUGCCUAACGUGCGCGCCCUCUCAAAUUCCUAAUUCCUAUCCUUUACCUUUUAAGAGAGCCUUUUCAAUUCCACAACGUAGUAUUAUUUUUUCCCUACAAACUGACGAAAAAGCCCUCAUCGAUUUGGCGGAGAAACACCUCCGUUCCCGUAAUUUGUUGAAUCCUUCAAUGUCCUUUUCAGGAAUCAGCGCCGGUUUAUUUUAGAUUUCCUCUUAGUUUCUUUAAAGAGAUCCGGCGGAAAAGCUGAUACGAUGGCCGCCGGAACAAUGGCGACGGCAGCGGGAGCGGCGGUGAUACUAUACUACGUCUGGUUGAGGAAAUCGGAAGUUAAAACCGACGGCGUAGGCAGUGAAGAAGACGAGGAUUUAUCAAAAUCGAGCAGAUCGGUAAAGCGGAGAAUUGUUAGGAGACCAGCUCAAGCUCCCGCUACGUGGCUCGAAGCAAUUGCUACGAUAUCGGAGACUCUCCGAUUCACAUACUCGGAGACUCUUGGAAAAUGGCCGAUCGGAGAUUUGGCUUUUGGCAUUAAUUAUCUCAUGCGGAGACAGGGAAAUUUCGAAGUGGCAAGUGUAUAUGCAGGUGAUAAUUGUGUGGAACUUAAGGGUGAAGAGAUUAAAAAGGAGUUGAAUAAUCUGCUAAGGCUGUUAACUCUUUGUAGGCUUUUCUCGAAGAAGCCAUUUCCGGUGUUUUUAGACUCUGCAGGUUAUUCAGAGGAAGAUGCUCUUCUUCAUAAGCCUAAAGCAGGGCUUAUGAAACCAGCAUUCACCAUCAUACGUGAUGAAAAUUCGAAGUGUUUCCUUCUAUUGAUACGUGGUACACACAGCAUUAAAGAUACACUAACAGCAGCAACAGGUGCAGUGGUGCCUUUCCACCAUUCAGUUUUACAUGAUGGUGGGGUUAGCAACCUCGUCUUAGGAUAUGCGCAUUGCGGAAUGGUGGCUGCUGCUCGUUGGAUUGCAAAGCUCACUGCCCCUUGCCUUCUCAAGGCUAUUGCUCAAUACCCUGACUACAAAGUUGAGAUUGUGGGGCAUUCGCUUGGAGGUGGUACAGCAGCAUUACUAACCUACAUUCUUCGGGAACAUAAGGAGUUUGCUGCCUCCACCACUUGUUUUACAUUUGCCCCUGCUGCGUGUAUGACAUGGGAUUUAGCGGAAUCAGGCAAACACUUCAUUACAACUAUCAUCAAUGGCUCUGAUUUAGUGCCUACUUUCUCAGCUGCUUCCGUUGAUGAUCUUCGCACCGAGGUUACGACGUCAUCGUGGUUAAAUGAUUUGAGGGAUCAAGUUGAACGAACCAAGGUUCUUAAUGUUGUUUACCGUUCUGCUACUGCUCUGGGUUCACGUCUUCCCUCGAUGGCUACUGCAAAAGCUAGUGUCGCCGGUGCUGGUGCCCUUCUCCGACCGGUUUCUAGCAGCACUAAGGUUGUCAUGAAAGGUGCUCAAAAUGUUGCUCAAGCUGUUGUAAGAAGCCGCUCAUCUCUAACUUCAUGGUCUUGCAUUGGUCCUCGCCGUCGGAAUGUAGUUUCGGGAUUGAAUGCUAAAGGCGAUGAUAUGACCAAACCUUCAUUAACAUCUAAAACAAGUUCCAAAGCUCUUGUGACCGAAGUGGAUUGUCACUCUGGUGGCGGUUUGGAUCACAAUGACACCGAUGAAGACGAACCCCUAAUUGAAAUGGAUAGAGGUAUUACUACGGCUACCACAGACGAAUUUGUGGGUGGUGAGUUGUGGUAUGAACUUGAGAAGGAGCUUAAGAGGCAGGAGAGCGAAGUUGAUCUUCAUGGCUGUGCCGAAGAAGCUGCUGCGGCAAAAGAAAUUUCGGAACAGGAGAAUGUCAUCGCUGCAGAUGUAUCCUCGGAAAGUAGAAGUGCAAUCUCUUCCUCGGAUGCCUCAGAGAACCUCCGGUUCUAUCCUCCAGGUAGAAUUAUGCAUAUUGUUGCCAUGCCCUCAUCGGAUGCUGCUGUCCUAGAUGAUCUUGAUGGUGACGGCAACGGAGACGGGUCUAACAACGGUAAGGUUCGUAUAUAUGAAACACCUAGAGAAUUGUAUAGUAAGAUCCGGCUAUCAAGAACCAUGAUUAAUGAUCACUAUAUGCCAAUGUAUAAGAAAACGAUGGAAUUGUUAAUUAUUGAACUUGAAAAAGAGGAGGAUUGUAAAUUUGAUGUUUUACAAGAUUAAAGGGAAUCACACUGCUGGUUUUCAUA